AUGAGUGGAAUGAUGAAAUCUUUAUAUAUUGAGGACAAUGUAUCAAUUAAUUUAAAAAAUAUACCUAUUCCUUAACCUUUAAAUGGUUAAGUAUUGAUUAAAGUAGAGUUCGCUCCAAUAAAUCCAUUUGAUAAAGAAUUUCUAAAUGGAUAUAAAAUAGGAUUAAAACCAUUAGUAGGUACAGUACCUGGAUUUGAAGGAUCAGGUACUGUUAUAGCUUCAGGGUAAUUAGAAAUAUUCAAAAUAUUUAGUGGAGGAUUAUUAGGUUGGUAAUUAAAAGGAAAUAGAGUAGCAUUUUACACAGAGAAUUAAUUUGGAUCUUUUGGUUAAUAUGCUAUUGCAGAUGUUAAUUAUUGUACUGAAUUACCUAAAAAUAUAUCAUUCUAAGAAGGUUGUUGUAGUUAUAUCAAUCCUUUAUCUGUUAUAAUGAUGUAUUAAUUACUUGGAAAUGCUUCUGGAAUAAUAUCUACUGGAGCAUCAACUAAUUUAGGAAGAAUGCUUAUGAGAUAUUGCUAAUCUAAAGGAAUUAAUGUCAUUAAUAUUGUUAAGUCUUAAAUAGAAGAAAAAAUAUUAAAGGAUGAAGGAGCUAAACUUAUAUUAAAUAUAAAUUAAGAUGAUUUUGAUGAUAAAUUAAAACUUAUGUCUUCUUCAUACAAGUAUCAUUUCAAAUUAUAAUAAAUACUUAGUACAACAGUUUUGUUUGAUUCACUUGGAGGAGAUCUAUUAAGUAGAAUAUUAAAUUUAAUGCCUAAUGGAUCAAAAGCUUAUCUUUAUGCUAAUUAUUCAAAAAAAUCAUUAGAGGGAAUUUAUUGUGCUAAUUUAAUGUAUUAAAAUAAAAAAAUAUUUGGGUAAUUACAAUAUAUAUAUAUAUUUUAUUAGAUUUUCAUUUGUAGAUAAUUUAUAAACUAAAAAUAUUAUUCAAUUAAAAUUGAUGAUGAAUGAAGUGUUUAAUAAUAUUUAAGGAUAUUUUAAAACUUUACCAACCUAAAUAGUAAUUAUUAGUAAUAAAUAUAAGUUUUCAUUAGAAGAAUUUGAAAAAGCCUUAUAAUCUAAGGAGAAAGCAAUUAUAAAAAUAUGA